CAGACUAACCCCCAUCCCUUCCUUUUGCUCAGAGGCAAGCAGAGGCGCGGAGCUUUAGAAAGUUGAGUGGUCAGAGCGGUAGGUGCUCCCUUUUUGCUCCUACACCGAGGUGGGGCUGGGACCUCCAGACCCAGGUUCUCACCUCGUAAGGUGCACCUUUUUCGGCUCUAGCAGCCAAUGCGCACCGGAGCCGCUCUCUGCAGAGACAGAGAGCGGGCCAGCUUCUUGGUGUGCGCUUAAGAGAAUGGAUCGCAGGUCCCGGGCUCACUGGCGCCGAGCUCGCCACAAUUACAACGAUCUGUGCCCACCCAUUGGCCGCCGAGCAGCCACUGCGCUCCUCUGGCUCUCCUGCUCCAUCGCGCUCCUCCGCGCCCUCGCCACCUCCAACACCCGCGCCCAACAGCGCGCGGCUGCCCGCCGAAGCUUCCUUAACGCCCACCACCGCUCCGCCGCUCAGGUGAUCCCCGAGCCCCCAAAUUCCGACUCGGAUCAGGAGGAGGCAGACCAGGACCUGUCCCGCCCCGAGUGCCCUGACUACGAGGAAGAGUUCGACUACGAAUCUGAGACCGAGUCUGAAUCUGAUAUUGAGUCUGACAUCGACUUCGACACCGAGACCGAGACCGCCCCCACCACAGAGCCCGAGACCGAGCCCGAGGACGAGCGCGGCCCCGCGGCGCUCAGGCAGAGAGCUUUCGGCCAGUCCCUCACCCAGCGCCUCCAAGCUCUGCGGGUGCGCAGCCCCGACGCCUCCCCGACUCGCUCCCAGCCCCGCAGCCAGCAGCCCCGUAGCUCCAGAGAGGGGGAGGAGCCUCGGCCCGGGCCCCGGGACCGGGAUCUGAGGGACCCCGAAGAGUCUGAGAAGCCCAAGGAGAAGCAGCAGGGAGGCGGCUGCAAGCCCAGGAAGCCCACCCGCCGCGACCCAUCCCCGGAGUCCCCUUCCAGAAGGGGACCCAUCCCCAUCCGGCGUUUCUAA